CUUUCUCUCUUCUACCUACUCCUACUACUCCUACUACUAUUGCUUAUAUUACUACUUCUUUAGAAAUCUAAAAUAUCUAUAUUUCAUCAUGAACGAAGUCUCUUGCCCAACUCAUGAAUCCUUUUCUACAUAUUACCCAUAUACUGAGUCCAACUCAAAUCAAAUUUCAUCAAAUUCCUUUUCUUCUUCUUCUUCUUCUUCUUCUUCCACUUCUUCAUCAGCCCAAGCACCACGGAUAAUGAAUUCCAAAUUUCUCGGUCUUUCAUCAUCAUCAACAUCAGCAUCAUCAGCAUUAUCAUCAACACCUUUAACAACCAUAAAAUCAUCAUCAGCAUUAUCAUCUACAUCAACAACAGCAGCAACAACUGACAGUUCUCAGAAUCCUUCAUUCUAUGAUCUACAGGAAGUCAUCAACCAAUACAGAUCUCAACCCGAACUUCUCAAAUUGAUUCUGACCAGCAAGGUUGAAGAGGACAAGCGCAGAGCAGAGGAGGCCAAAUUAAGGGCAAAGGAACUCGAUCUCUAUCUUCACCAAACUAUACCCACCCCGAACAAUCACAAUUAUCACAAUCACAAUCACAAUCACAAUCGUAGUAGUCGUCAUCGUCUUUAUUCUCGUCGAUCUCAUCAUCAAGAAGAAGAAAAUGAUGAAGAAGAAAGAUAUGGUCAUUAUGCGGAUCAUGAAGAAGAAGAUCGGGAUAUGCAGAGUUCACCUAGACAAAAGAGACGCCUUUCGUCCCUUGCAAGCGAACCUUCUUCCACAUCCUCCUUUUCAUCUCUGUCCCUAUCAUCAUCCUCAGCGUCAAGCCUAAAGAACUAUCGCCGUCGUUCUCGGUCACCCUUGACUCCCCAGACUCGAAAUCUUCAUCCUUAUACUCACAACAAUACUCCUCCUACUCCUCCUGCUACAAUUGCUCAUUCUGAUUCUGUCGAUCACCAUCACCAAAAACGUCGCAACUCUGCAGCCGCAGCAAUGCUUGCCAUGGGUACCCUGACUCUUCACCCUCCUUCUCCUCCUAAUAAUAACGACUGUGCUUCAUCCCCUUGUUUUCCGAGUGCAACCUUGUCCUAUCCUUCUCCUGUGACAGAUCAUUAUGAUAUUCAUGAAUCAAAACAUUGUUCUGACAAUACAAUGUCUGAAGAGGACAAUGAAUACAAUGAAGAAGAACAAUAUGCCAAUAAAGUCAAUAGAAAACCCAUUAUAGAAGAAGAAAAAGAAGAUGAAGAUGAUGAUGAAGAAGAAGAAGAAGAAGAGACAGCAAGACUAUUGACACUCUCGGGAAGACCUCGUAGAAGACGUGAGAUGCAAGCCAUUACCAAGAUUGUUGAGACACGCGAAUUCCCAUAUCUCGACAACUUCUUUUGGAAGAAUAAUGGCAAUACUACGCAAAAGAAGACUGGCUGUAAAAGUAUAUAUUACAAAUGCUCUAAUAGUAACAAGGGUUGUCCUGUCAACAAGACCGUCACUGCUCGACCUAAUGGUGAAUAUUUGAUAAAAUACCGUGGAAGACAUCUUUUGGAAUGUGGUAGAGUCGAGCGUAUUCGAGACCUCUAAAAAAGAAAAAUUGAGCUUUUUUUUUAUAUUUUAUAUUUUAUUUUAUAUUAUUACUAUUACUAUUACUAUUACUAUUACUAUUAUUUUGAAUUGAAUACAAACGGAAUUAUUUGUGAAAUGUAAUCUAAUAUAAUGUAAUGUAAACGUAAAUGUUAAGCGUAAAAUGUAAAGCGUAAAGCGUAAAGCGUAAAAAGUAAAACAUAAAACAUAAAACACAAAAUGUAAUCAAUAAAAUAUACAUAUAAUACAAAAGACGCAAAUAUUAUAAAAGAUAUAUCUUUUAUAUCAAUACUACCAGAAGCUAAAAUAAAAAUAAAGCUAAAGCUAAAGCUAAA